AUGGUUGAGUGGGAGUCGCUUAGGGCGGCUGUGUCUGCAGUCACACUUUCGGCUGGGUCCGAUAGAUGGAAAUGGCUCGGUUCCGGUUCGGGUGAGUUCUCGGUGGCAGCGGUGAAACGAUCCAUAGUGUCCAGCCGUGAUUUCAGCAAUCGAUACGUUAUGAAGUGGAGUAAAUGGGUUCCAAAGAAGUGCAACAUUUUCGCGUGGCGUGCGGAGAUGAAUAGGAUUCCUACGGUGGAGGCGCUUGAAAAAAGAGGUAUGUUUCUGUUUGACGAUGGGUGUAAAUUCUGUAAUGAAGGCCUGGAUUCGGUGACCCACAUUUUCACGGUUUGUCCCAUUGCUUUGGGUGUGUGGGAGAGGAUUAGUUUUUGGUGUAGGAUUCCGAGGUUUUUUAUCUUUUCGUUUAAAGACCUGGUCGAGAUUCAUAAGUUCGGUAUAAGAAGUUCGGUGGAGCGGAAAGCCAUUCACGGUAUCGUUCUCUCCGCGUGUUGGAUGCUUUGGAAGGCUAGAAACAACUUGAGGUUUAACGAUAAAAAAAGUAGCAUUGAAGAAGUGUUUAGUGAGAUUAUGGUAGUUAGUUUCUAUUGGUUUAAAUAUAGGGUCAAGAAAGGUAGUUUUGAGUGGGGAGAUUGGUGUAAAUUUGUGAAUAUGUAA